GCGGGCUGGGGGCGCGGGGGGCCGCGCGGCCGGCGCCAUGAACUUCUCCGAGGCCUUCAAGCUCUCCGGCCUGCUCUGCAAGUUCUCCCCGGACGGCAAGUACCUGGCUUCCUGCAUCCAGUACCGGCUGGUGGUCCGAGAUGUGCGCACGCUCCAAAUCCUGCAGCUGUACAGGUGCCUCGACCAGAUCCAGCACGUGGAGUGGUCGGCAGACUCGCUCUUCAUCCUGUGUGCCAUGUACAAGCGGGGCAUCGUGCAGGUGUGGUCCCUGGAGCAGCCCGAGUGGCACUGCAAAAUCGACGAGGGCUCGGCAGGGCUCGUGGCCUCGUGCUGGAGCCCCGACGGGCGACACAUCCUUAAUACGACCGAGUUCCACCUACGGGUCACCGUCUGGUCAUUGUGUACCAAGUGUGUGUCAUACAUCAAGUACCCCAAGGCCUGUCAGCAGGGCAUCACCUUCACCAGGGAUGGCCGCUACAUGGCCUUGGCUGAGCGGCGGGACUGCAAGGAUUACGUGAGCAUCUUCGUGUGCAGCGACUGGCAGCUCCUGAGGCACUUCGACACGGACACCCAGGACCUCGCGGGGAUCGAGUGGGCGCCCAACGGCUGCGUGCUGGCCGCGUGGGACACGUGCUUGGAGUACAAGAUCCUGCUCUACUCCCUGGACGGACGGCUGCUGUCAGCCUACUGCGCCUACGAGUGGUCCCUGGGCAUCAAGUCUGUGGCCUGGAGCCCCAGCAGCCAGUUCUUGGCGGUCGGCAGCUAUGACGGGAAGGUGCGCAUCCUUAAUCAUGUGACUUGGAAAAUGAUCACAGAGUUUGGGCACCCGGCGACGAUCAAUAAUUCCAAGAUAGUUGUUUAUAAAGAAGCCGAGACGAGCUCGCAGCUGGCACUGGGCCCCCUGCCGUUCCCACCGUCCAGGCCCCUCUCAGCCUCAGACAGCAAAUACAGCGUCGCUGCCAUGCCGGUUUCCUUGCAGACACUGAAGCCCGUCGCUGACCGGGCAAACCCCAGGAUCGGCGUGGGCAUGCUGGCUUUCAGCCCCGACAACUAUUUCCUGGCCACGAGGAACGACAACGUGCCCAACGCCGUGUGGGUCUGGGACAUCCAGAAGCUUCGGCUCUUCGUGGUGCUAGAACACCUGGCCCCCGUGCGUGCAUUCCAGUGGGACCCGCAACAGCCACGGCUGGCCAUCUGCACGGGUGGCUGCAGGGUGUACCUGUGGUCACGGGCCGGCUGUGUGUCCGUGCAGGUGCCUGUGGAAGGAGACUUUGCGGUGCUUUCUCUGAGCUGGCAUCUCAGUGGGGACUCGCUGGCACUCCUCAGCAAGGACCACUUCUGCCUCUGCUUCCUGGAGACGGAGGAGGGGUCAGCCCCAGCCCUUGGGCAGCGGGUCAGUCGCACGUGGGAUUGCGACUCGUAGGCAGUGCGGUCCUGGCCUGGGGAGCUGGCCAGCUGCAAGGUUCACUGGCAGCAUCUGGAUUCUAUUUUUUUAUAGUAUAGCAUUUUUGUAAAUACAUAGGCCUUCGCCAUUCUUUUAUUAUUUAAAAUAAAUAUUUCUGGUUUGUAA